AAAAAUUACAAGAAGUCUUUGGCAAAUGUCAGGAAGCAAUCCAAAGCGGAAAAAUUCACGAAAUGGAUGGCAGCCGAUUUAACGGCAAUGCUGAGACUGGAAAAGCAACUUUCCAAGCAAUUGCUAAUUCUCUUUCUGUUUCCAACCAGGAGGAUUUUCAUUUUUGCCCGCAAGAAAACCCAAAAGAGUCUAACCCUCAAGGAAAACAUAGCAGCAAACUCGAAAAUGAAAAUUCACAACUAGCCACUAACCAGCAAAAAAACGAAAACACGGCACCAAAUUCGAUGCCUUGA